AACAUUAUGGCUACGGCCCAGAUUAAAAACACUUUGGCCGAGGCGUACUGCUAGUGGUCUUGUCAUAAAUUAGAGAAAUGCAACAUUCCGGAGAGCUCUUGAAGGCAGCAUCAGAAGCUGAAGCUCCGGUGGAAACAAAUCUCAACAGACAUGAACGACAGAAAAAGUCCGGUUACACUGAAAAUAAUCCUCAUAGGAAACUCCGGGGUGGGAAAGUCCUCCUUCAUGAACAGAUAUGUAAACCACCGCUUCACCAACAUGUACCGGGCCACGAUAGGGACUGACUUCCUCUCCAGAACAGUCAACGUAGGGGAAGACACGGUCACCCUGCAGAUCUGGGACACGGCGGGUACAGAGAGGUUCCAGUCCCUGGGUACACCUCUGUACAGAGGAGCUCACUGCUGCAUGCUGGUAUUUGAUGUCACGUGCAGAGCUAGUUUCUCUGCUCUGGAGGAGUGGAGGAAGGAGUUUCUGAUCCAGGGCGAGCCUCAGGACCCAUCCGACUUCCCUUUCAUUGUGCUGGGCAACAAGACUGACCUGAGCAACCGGGAGGUGUCUGGCAGGAAGGCCUUACAGUGGUGUGAGGAAAUAGGAGCAGAAUACUUUGAAGGAAGCGCAAAAGAUGAUCUACAUGUGGAAAAGCCAUUCUCGAGAGCGGCUCAGAGCGGCUUGCAACAGUACAAAAAACACACAUUGGAAAAUACAGGACAUUUCCAGAUAACCUGCAAACAGCCGAGAGAAACUCGCAACACUUGUGAGUGCUGAGAGCAGCACUUGUCCCAGUGUGGGAGGAAAAGUUCAGAGAGACCUCGGCACUGCUGAUGAUGACCUAUCUAACGAGGGUGCAAAAUAGUGACCCAGCAAAGGUACUGUGGAAGGAAAGGACACAAUUGUAUACCACAUGGAGAGAGAGGAACAAACUCAUUAAAUGUUUUUUUUUCGUUUUUUUGAGAACCUUCAGCUUAUGGUCUAACUUAAGGCAUCACUACUAAAAUACACUGCUUUUGCAUGCAUGUCUAGUUUUGUUCAACAGACACACUGACACACACAAAUUAUGAAUCCAUAUGAAGAGAAACUUCAUUUCUAGAAAGAAAUUGGGAGAAACCACAAACAGAACAGAAACCAAGGUGCUAGCUGGAAAAAAGGCAGCAAGCGAAAACCUUGGCUCUGAUCUUCCUGGCCGUUAACAUCACAACUGAAUCCGCCCUUACAAAGUAGAUAUACACUCAUGUCCGGUCAGAAACCUCCUCCCUGUACAAAAUCUUGUAUUGUAAUAAACCUAGCAGGGACUCAGACUCCUACGGUGAAUCAGCUUGACAGAAGCAAAUUAGAACCAUAAGGGAUAUAUUUGUUUCUUUUAAGUAAAGACACAGAAGGCAAUCAAGAGAUGACCGACAUGUAAAAACAGUUUGUUACAGGUAAUUAUAUAAAAGGCCAAGAUGUUAUUUGUUUGAUUUAUUCUUACUCUAUGAAUGAACUAAUUUACAGGUGAGUUCACUGUGGCUAUGUAAGCUUUUGUCCCAAGGCAUCCCCAUUCGAAAGACAUAUGGGUUUACACAUCACAGUUAGCUUGCACACCAUCUGUAGUCUGAAAUACAGAGCCGUGGAAGGAAAAAAUUAAAAUUUAUUAAAUGGAUUUACAUACAUCAAUAGGAUACGGAAAAUUUGUCUACUUAUAUAAUUUGCCAUUCUAAAAAUUAAAGAAGAAGUGAGACAGAACAUUCAUGAGCAUAAAAAGCGCAGGACAUCUGAUCGGGAUAUUAGGGGAAACGUAUGAAAAGAUCUGAUGUUAUAUUCCUCAUAGCCCAUGAAAUUCAUGUUUGGCAAGCAAAGCAACACAAGCAUAGGGUAGUAAACAAAGUAAAACUCCUCUCUCUGGGUCCACUUAAAAGUUCCCUUCAGUCUCAAUAACCUGUGGGGUCUACUUGGAACAAAUACAAGUCUUUCUCUCAUUACCAUCUGUUAACAAGAACAUACAACCAACUAAAUGAUUUUUAAAAAUAUAGUGGCAACUUCAACAUAGCCACCAAUCUUCCCACAAACACAAACUAUGGGGAUGAACAACGGUUAAAAAAAGUAGUUUUUAAAAAUGCACACAACAUACACAUACACACAGGAGAAAAAAAGCUUAAAAAAUACAAAAAUAAACUACACAAAAGAUCUUCUGCAUCAUUGCUUGCUAAUUUUUUGGGAAGAUUUUGCAAGAUUUUUUUUCGUGUGUGCUGCAAGUCUCAGUCCUAGCAAAGUCUGUCAUUCAUUCUCUACAAGUCUCUUUGUCAUUCUUUUUGUCCACUUUGAAGUGUCGGCCACCAGUCCUCAUCUUGGGGUAAAAAGCGCACAGUAAUGACAUUACCAAGAGACUUGAGUCCUGUAUGAUAAAUACAGACUCAGUUCUCGAUGAAGCAAAUUUGUUUUUGAGCAAAAAAA